CUUCGCCGCUCGAACUACGUUGCCAUUAACCGAGGUCUCGUUGGCUCGUUUAAACAGCCGCUAUUAUUAGAUCAGUACUGGGGAAUCGAAAUUGAAAUUAUGCCGGAACACGAAGAAAAGAAAUCGGACAACCCUGUCGCCGCUCCCGCGCCGGUGAAAAUGUGGCCGGUCGGAUAUCAUCAUCCUGAUUGGACGAAACUGUACAAGGGCACACUGGUACCGUAUCCAUUCUGGACCAUCAUCGAUGAAGUCGCGAAAUUUCAAGCAAAAAAAGAAGACAUCGCUAUCUGCACGUUUCCAAAAUGCGGCACCACGUGGAUGAACGCCGUGAUUGAGAUGAUGAAGAACAAUGCUGAUCCGCAGUGCCUGCACGAUGGAAAGUCGUUGGAGUGGAAGAAUCCCUAUCUGGAGCUGACAGAUCCCGAUAUGCCGGUCGGCAAGCGCCCCAUCGAUCUGCUCUGCCAGCAGCCGCCCGGGCGGGCCUUCUUCACGCAUCUCGGUUACGAGGCACUGCCUCCCAGCAUUGAAGCCAGUGGAACCAAGAUCGUGUUCGUUAUUCGUAAUCCCAAGGACACGAUUGUGUCCAUGUACCACUUCUUCCGGUCACACUACCCUAUGCAGUAUCACGGGGAUCUGCAGGAAAUCAUCAACUCCUUCACGGAAGAGCGUGUCAUGUACGGACCCUUCUUCGACCAUGCAGCCAGCUACUGGUCACGCAGGAAUACCAAUCCCAAUAUAUUCUUCACGAGUUUCGAAGAAAUGAGCCAGGAUUUUAUUGGUGUGGCACGAAGAUUAAGUAAAUUUCUGGGGAAGGAUUUUACCGAGGACCAGCUAAACAAAAUCUACUACGAAUGCGCCUUCGACCAGAUGAAAAACAACGAGACCGUCAAUAAGGCCAAAGUGGGAGCACGUGGCUAUUUCGACUUCAACAAAUCCCCGUUCAUCCGUGCCGGGAAAGUUGGCAACUGGAAGGUGCAUUUCAGUGAGGAGCAGAACAAGCAAGUCGAUGACUGGAUUAAUAAGAACCUGCAACGGCCCGAAUUGCAGGGCUUAACAUUUCGCUACGAAUAAGCGGAUAGAUAGAAAGUCGUCCCAAUUAAAAAUUUUAUUACACCGCCAAGAAGUUCGGCUUUUUCCGGAAAAUCGCAGUUAUUUUCUCCCUUUUAACGUAUAGCAAGUGAACGCUGUCUUCGCUUUGAGCGAAGUUGACAUUAACAUGUGCGCAUACUCGUGACCUUUUAAUAAAACCACACAAG